AAAUCUUCUCAGUUGAGGAUUUCUCUCAUGAAAUUAUCCAGUAACUACUCUGCUGCUCCAGUCUCUGAAUUCCUCCUCAUCUGCUUCCCUAACUACCAGAGUUGGCAGCACUGGCUGUCCCUGCCCCUCAGCCUCCUCUUCCUCCUGGCCAUGGGGGCCAACACCACCCUCCUCAUCGUCAUCUGGCUGGAAGCCUCGCUGCAUGAGCCCAUGUACUACCUGCUCAGCCUCCUCUCCCUGCUGGACAUUGUGCUCUGCCUCACUGUCAUCCCCAAGGUCCUGGCCAUCUUCUGGUUUGACCUCCGACCCAUCAGCUUCUCUGCCUGCUUCCUCCAGAUGUUCAUCAUGAACAGUUUUCUCCCCAUGGAGUCCUGCACUUUCAUGGUGAUGGCUUAUGACCGCUAUGUGGCCAUCUGCCAUCCACUGCGGUACCCCUCCAUCAUCACUAACCAAUUUGUGGCCAAGGCUAGUGUCUUCGUUGUGUCUCGGAGUGUUUUGCUGCUUUCACCUGUUCCCAUUCUCUCUGCUCGUCUCCAUUACUGUGGGAAAAAUGUCAUUGAGAACUGCAUCUGUGCCAACCUGUCUGUGUCCAGGCUUUCCUGUGACAAUAUCACCCUUAACAGAAUCUACCAAUUUGUGGCUGGUUGGAUCUUAUUUGGCUCAGAUUUCUUUCUCAUCUUCCUUUCCUACACCUUUAUUCUAAGAGCGGUGCUGAAGUUUAAGGCUGAGGGUGCUGCAACAAAGGCCUUGAGCACAUGUGGUUCCCACUUCAUCCUCAUCCUCUUCUUCAGCACCAUCCUGCUGGUCGUAGUGUUGACAAAUGUGUCCAGAAAGAGGGUCCCCAUGGACAUCCUGAUCCUACUCAAUGUUCUCCACCACCUUAUUCCCCCUGCCUUGAACCCUAUUGUAUAUGGGUUUCGAACCAAAGAGUUAAAGCAAGGAUUUCAGAAAUUGCUGCAGAGAGGGUUUUGA